AAAAAGGGAGGAAAGAAUUUAACUGCGCAAAAAUCGUGUGGUGACGGAUGUCCAAAGUUCAGAAGUUUUUCAAUGCGAGUUUCAUAGAGACACAGAGAUGGGGACGGCUUAAACAUUGCUGAGGUCCAGCACGCUGCACUGUUGUUAAAACUUUUCUCUCUCUUUUUUUUUUAUCCCCCCUUGUUAAGUGAACGGUGAGGAACUGUGAUUUGAGCGCCUCAGCCUUCAGAGGAGGGAGAAGCGGAGCUCUCGGUCUGCGUAUUUUGGAGCUUUAUUUUUCGCCGGAUCAAAGUGGAGACAUGCAGGCUCGCUACUCCGUCUCCAGUCCCAACUCACUGGGCGUCGUGCCGUACAUCAGCAGCGACCCGAGCUACUACCGGGCCGCUGCCGGUGGGGGAUACACGGGGAUGCCAGCACCUAUGAACAUGUACUCUCAUGCGGCUCAUGACCAGUACCCUGCCAGCAUGGCCCGGGCAUAUGGACCGUACACCCCCCAGCCUCAGCCCAAGGAUAUGGUCAAACCCCCCUAUAGUUACAUUGCGCUCAUCACCAUGGCCAUUCAAAACUCUCCUGACAAGAAGGUGACCCUGAAUGGGAUUUACCAGUUUAUUAUGGAAAGGUUUCCAUUUUACCGAGACAACAAGCAGGGCUGGCAGAAUAGCAUCAGGCACAACCUGUCUCUGAAUGAGUGUUUUGUCAAGGUACCCCGCGAUGAUAAAAAACCCGGUAAAGGCAGCUACUGGACUCUGGACCCGGACUCUUACAACAUGUUUGAAAACGGGAGCUUCUUGAGAAGGAGGCGACGGUUCAAAAAGAAGGACGCGAUGAAAGAGAAAGAAGAGCGGCAGCAGAAGGAGCUACCACCGAGGCAGCAAGGCCGGGACCAGGAGCAGCCUGUGCAGGGCUCCAAACCUGUGAGGAUCCAGGAUAUUAAGACGGAGAACGGGACAGUCACGCCACCGCAGGCCGACUCGCCCUCUUUGAGCACCGUGCCCAAAAUCGAGAGCCCGGACAGCAGCAGCAUGUCGAGCGGGAGUCCUCACAGCAUCCCCUCCAACAGGUCUAUCGGCAUGGACAGCUCCGAGCACCACCAGCACCACGGCCAGGCUUCGACCCAGGGCUUCAGCGUAGACAACAUCAUGACCUCCCUCCGGGGGUCUCCACAAGGGGCCACUGAGCUCACCUCCGGCCUCACCGCCUCCACCAGGACAGGUAUAACACCGUCUUUGUCCUUAAACUAUUCUCCAAGUCAGACAUCUGUCUAUAGUUCACCCUGUAACCAAAACUCCACUACCUCCAAUGCAACCUAUCAUUGUAACAUGCAAGCCAUGAGCUUGUACGCCGGGGACAGAUCGAGCCACUUGGCACCGAGCACCACCGUGGACGAAACGUUGCCAGAUUAUUCAGUUACUACCACCUCAUCCUCCCUGACCCACGGUAAUCUAAACUCUGGGCAGGAGGCCCACCAUCCCCACCAAGGGAGGCUGACCUCAUGGUACCUCAACCAGGCCGGAGACCUGGGUCAUCUGGGCGCUACGUACCCAGCACAGCAGCAGAACUUCCAUUCAGUCCGAGAGAUGUUUGAAUCCCAAAGAAUUGGCUUGAAUAAUUCACCGGUGAAUGGGAAUAACAGCUGUCAGAUGUCAUUCCCACCGAGCCAAUCCAUCUAUCGCACUUCAGGAGCUUUCGUGUAUGACUGCAGCAAGUUCUGACCAAAAAAAAAAACCCACAAACAAAAACAAAAAACAAAAACAGGCCCAAUAUUUUCAUCACGGUGUUUGAACGCUUUCAGUAAAAUCCCUGGCCCUCCAUCUUACCUGCCCACACCACAUGGACUAAUAUGAGACAGAUAACACAAUCAGAAAAAGACUUGAUCUUGGUUUUUCUAAAGAACAGUGUUACUGCAAAUAACACGUAAGUCUCUCUUUUGCUUUUGUGGCUUUAUAUGAUAUGUUAAAGAUAUGUCAGUUUUCAUGGACGUGUAAAUUGCAUAUAGUAAUUUAUUUCUAAAAUGUAGCCGGAUAUUAUGGACCAAACACCAAAAAGUGUUUCUAAAUUGAGUUGCCUUAAUUGUCCAAAAAAAAAAAAUAUUAAAAAAAAAAACUGUUCCAUUAUAAAAGUAAGAAAAAAAGGAACGUGUAUAUCGCCGUACUAUU